UAGAGACAGAGAGAUUCACACAGAUAUCAUUCAGCAGAAAGAAGACUGAACUCAACUCACAAUGAAGAUCCUCCUCAUCUUCCUCACUUUCUACCUGAUCUCAGCUGCAGAAAAUUACAUUGAUGUCACGGGAUAUUCUGGCGGAAGUGUUCUUGUGGAUUCUGGGAAACUUUGGUUCAGUAACUCUGCUAAAUAUAUGUAUAGUCUACAUGAGAGGAGAACAAUAAUAAAUUAUAUGAAACAUAAAUGGAUUAAUGAAGGAAGAUUCACUUUAUUUUCCAGUGAUUAUGGAAAGCUAAUGAUCUACAUCAGAGAACUGAACAAACAACAUUUUGGAACUUACUGGAUUGAGGUUGAAGGCCAGUGGUACAUUGAUAUGAUUUUGAAUGUGGAAGAAGAUUCAUGCUGUAAAGUUUCAAAGAGAGUGAUGGUGAAUAUUGGAGAAACUGCCACCUUCAGCUGUGAAUAUUCAUACAAUCAUAUAAAUGAUCCCAAGAUCAUAUUCAAAGAAGAAAAAGACUCCAUUGAGAUGAUUUACAGCACAUGGAAGAAGAAAAAAAGAUUCAGUAUUUUUGAUGACAGACAUAAAAACAUCUUCAGUGUGAGAAUCACUGCUGUGACAACAGAUGAUGGAGGAGUUUAUUUAUGUGGAGUUUGGAUCAACAGACACUCAUACAGUUACUACAUUAUUAAUACUGUUCAUCUACAUGUUGUUACUAAAGUGGGCGUGUCUAGAGUGAGCGGCUCCUCAGGAGGUCGUUUGAUGAUCAAGUGUGAACAUCCUCAAUACAAAACCAACCCAAAAUACAUCUGUAAAGAAUCAGACGGAUGUUCAGAGAGGAAGAAUCCAGGAGUUCAGGGUGAAUGGAUGGAGAAUGGAGAUGAUAUAAAAUAUUCAAAGAGUGUGACUGAAUCUGUGUAUCUUGGUGGAGAAGUCAACAUCACCUGUCAGAUCCCAGAGGAACAUGAAGGUUAUUUCUGCAAAGAGGAUGAUAAUCACAUCUGCCAAACCAUCAGCUCAUCUAAAGUGAGAGAAAUGAGUGGUUCAUCAGAGAGAAAUGAAGAGAGAGUUGUUACAGUGAGCAGUAAUGUGAGUGUGAGAGAUGCUGGAGUUUACUGGUGUGGAGCAGAAACCAGAGACACAUAUCUGACUUUCAUCUCCCUGAACACUAAAAUUCAGCUCAACCUCAUCAGUGAGUCCAUUCAGAUGAUUUCACUGUAG